UAUCAAUUUUUUAUUGGGUUGAAAACUCUUGAAGCACCAAAGAGCAACGCUGAGCUGGUAAUAUACUUUAUCCAAAAAUUCUGUGUCGCCCGAUUUUGCCCAGUAAACAGAGGAGAGAGAGAGGGUUAUGGCGAGAAUGGUGCAAAAUGAAAACAAGGCUGCAGGGGCAUUUUUCUUUGCGACACUGGUGCUGUGGUUGCUAUCUCUUUCGUUCGAAAUAGUAUUCAACAAGCGAAACGAGCUGCUUUGUGUCAUCGCUGGGUGUUGCUUUUUUCAAACGGCCAACUGGGUCAUCCGCUUUCGCUUCUCUAAGGACCCACUCUUCGUCAACACCUCCGUCUCUCUCCUCCACUCCUUCAUCAUCUCUUCCUCGGUGGUAUUCAUUUUGGUUAAUCAAUGGUUAAAAAACGGAUCAAAUGGGAUGUUUGAGCACUCACAGUUAUUUCGGGGGUCUUGGCCAUGGGCAUAUCCAGCUUUAUGCUUCUCAUGCGGUUACUUUGCAUAUGAUCAAUGGGAUAUGCUGCAUUACCGGUUAUACAAUGGUUGGAUCCCUGCCAUUUUAUUGCAUCAUCUGAUACUCCUCAUUUGCUUCUCUCUUGCUUUAUAUCGAAACGUCACUAUCAAUUACCUUAUUCUCACUCUCAUUUGUGAGUUGCAUUCCAUAUUUCUGCAUGUAAGGAAAGUGCGACGAAUGGCUGGUCUACGUGAUGCCAACAGCACAAUUGUGAGGGCAGAAUGGGUUCUUAAUUGGGUAGCUUUCAUUUUAGCAAGGUUUGUAUCUCAUGUUCUUAUCACUGUCAAGCUUCUCAGAGAUCGUCAUAAGUUUGGAAAGGGAAUUGAGUUGCCACUUGCCUUAUUUGGGAUGGUUGGAAUGAACUUGCUUAAUGUUUUUCUGGGUAUUGAUCUUUUCCAUGCUUUCAAAAGAGAUAUAAGUUCCCAGCCAAAUAGCCACCACCAUCGAGAAUGACAAAAAGAAAGCCUCAAAGAGUUAUUUUAUCUUAUAUGUUCUAUCAUUUUGUUAUAUUUAUUUUACAUAGGAAGUUGUUAGCAAUGAGUGAGAUUUAGAGGACGAAAUUAGCGAUUUAUACUAUGUUAAGAGUAAAUGAAAAUAUGAGCUUUGUAUAUCCAAAGUAAGGUUGUAAAGAGAAUCAUGAUUCAAAUCUCCUGUUUGGCACUUGUUAUAACAGCUAAA